AUUUGGGAUACAAACUUGUAAACACUUGUGUACCUGGAGUUUUAUCAAUUCACAAUUCUAAAUUGUAAAUUCUAAGUUUUUUUUUUAGAAAAAAAUCGCAAUAAUGAAUCGAAAUCUUGGAUUUAUUACCAGAUGUUUGGGAUAUUCAUUGAUUCGAAAUCAAAAAUGUUUCAUUUCCAACAGUAGAUAUUUACCAAGUUUAAUAAAAUCAAAACAAAUCAACUAUGCAAAUAUUCAUAAUUCAAUAAGAAAAUUUUCAUCAUCAAAUCAAGAUGUUAUUGAAAAAGAAUUUCAAACUGCUAUUGCUAAUUUUUCGAAAUUAACAACAAUCGAUAAUGAUAUGAAAUUACGUUUGAUUGCUCUUUGUAAACAAGGUAGUAUUGGACCUUGUACCAGUGAUAAACCAUCAAUGUUUAAUGCUGAUGAAAAAGCUGAAUAUCAAGCUUGGAAAGCAUUGGGUGAAAUGUCACAGGAUGAUGCAAAAAAACAAUAUACCGAACUUGUUAACAAAUUAUUGAAUGAAAAUCCUGAUAAACAAAAAAGUCAAAAAGAACCUGAACUUGUAUUCGAAGAACGUGAUCAAGUCUAUUGGAUUAAAUUAAAUCGUCCAAAACAAUAUAAUGCUAUUACUCCGGAAAUGUAUCAAGGACUUAUUGAUGCUUUGAAACGAUCGGGAGAAGAUCCUGGCAUUAAAUUUACGGUGAUUACAGGUAAUGGGCCAUAUUUUUCCAGUGGUAAUGAUUUAAAUAAUUUUCCACGUGCCAUUGAAGAAUAUGAUGGUGAUAUACCAAAAGCAAUGGAUGAAUCACGUGCCCUUUGUCAAAGAUUUGUCUCGGCUUUUAUUGAUUUUCCUAAAAUGCUGAUUGGAGCAAUCAAUGGACCUGCAUUUGGAAUUAUGUUCACGACAUUGGGCCUAUAUGAUUGUGUCAUCUCUACGGAAAAAGCCUUUUUUACCUGUCCUUUUUCAUCAUUAGGACAAUCACCCGAAGGUUGUUCAACGCAUACAUUUCCACAAAUAUUUGGCCCAUCAAAAGCAUCGGAACUAUUGUAUUUUAAUUAUAGAAUGCCUGCCGAAGAAGCUCAUCGUUUAGGAUUUUUAUCAAGAAUAGUUCCAUCUGAUCAACUACAAAAUCAUCUUGAAGAAUGGUUAUAUAGUGAAAAAGGAUUGGUCAAAACAUGUUAUCCUAAUUCAAUGUUCAAUGCAAAAGGUAUUGUAAGAAAUGAAGAAACUCGAUUAAUGUUACAUGAAAUUAACAAAGUUGAAUGUGAUUUUCUACAACAAAGUUGGUCAUCCGAAGAAUGUGCUGAUGCAUUGCAAAAAUUUUAUUCGCGAAAAUAAAUGAUAUUCAUCAAUGAUUUGAAUAUAUUUGUUCAUUGAUUGAAAUCAGCUGAUUGAGAAUCUAU